AGGAAGAAGUGGUUUGUGAGUGGCUGUUACUUUUGGCCCAGUGUUUGUCAUAGUCAAGUCAAGUACUGUUUGUGAGCGUUAUGUUAUGGUAGCUCUCCUCACCAGUGACUGACAACCAGGAGUCAAGCUGCCAACGCUGUUUGUUGAUGUUCAGCUUGCUUGUUGCUGACAUAGCAGAUUAGAGAUGAGCUGAAGACACAGGAAGAGACACUUCACUGCAGACAUUGUCAGGUGAUGAGAGUUGAGAGGAUCUAGCUGAAAAUAUCAGUGGUAUCAUGGAGGACGACUGCAGGCCUCUGCUGAGCUCAGAACAGACUGGAGAGAGCUACUCACACAGAGGCUCCACAGACUCUCUGGAUGUCAAGGUUAAAAGGCCUUUCUAUGUGGAGCCCAGGAACAUUGUAGAUGAUGACCCGCAGGAAAGAGUGUCUGCUGAGGCUGCCAUCCUCAACAGCAGAGUCCAUUACUACAGCAAACUGACAGGCUCUUCUGACAGACUGCUGAGUCCUCCAAACCAUGUGAUCCCCCGGCCAGAGGAGAUCUAUGUCUACAGCCCACUGGGUACAGCUUUUAAGGUGACAGGCAGUGACCCCUCCUCUAAAAACCCCAGUAUCAUCACCAUAUUUGCUAUAUGGAACACAAUGAUGGGCACAUCCAUACUCAGCAUACCUUGGGGUAUAAAGCAGGCUGGUUUCACUCUAGGGAUCCUCAUCCUCAUCUUCACAGGUCUGCUGAUGCUCUACUGUUGUUACAUUGUCCUCAAAUCACCAAAGGCAAUACCCUACAUGGAUACAUCAGACUGGGAAUUUCCUGAUGUUUGUAGAUACUACUUUGGCAAGUUUGGCCAGUGGUCCAGCUUGAUCUUCUCUAUGGUGUCACUUAUUGGAGCCAUGGUGGUUUACUGGGUACUCAUGUCCAACUUCCUCUACAACACCGGGCAAUUUAUCUACAACUAUGCUCACAAUGUCAACGUGUCAGAUUCAGAGUUUGAAACCAAUGGCACAGAAAAAGUCAUCUGUCCAUACCAUAACCUUAAUCCUGGAGAGAACAACAGUAUCAACACACUUUACCUUGGUAACAGCGGAAAUGAAACUUCUGAUGUCAUGUCUUUUGGACACUGGUGGAGUAAAACCAACACCAUCCCUCUCUACCUCAUCAUCCUGCUGCUGCCACUGCUCUGCUUCCGUUCAGCCUCCUUCUUUGCAAGGUUCACUUUCUUGGGGACCAUCUCAGUGGUCUACUUGAUUGUUCUGGUCACUAUAAAAGCUGUCCACCUUGGCUUCCACCUAGAGUUCCACUGGUUUGACACAACCCAGUUCUAUGUUCCAGAGUUCAGACUGCUCUUCCCUCAGCUGACUGGUGUUCUCACUCUGGCCUUCUUCAUCCACAACUGCAUCAUCACAUUGAUGAAGAGCAACAUGCACCAAGAGAACAAUGUGCGGGACCUGUCUGUGGCUUAUCUUCUGGUAGGACUGACCUAUCUGUAUGUGGGAGUGUUGAUCUUUGCUGCCUUUCCUUCACCUCCUCUCUUCAAAGACUGCAUUCAACCAAAUUUCUUGGAUAACUUCUCCAGCAGUGAUGUGAUGGUGUUCGUGGCUCGGACCUUCCUGUUGUUCCAGAUGAUCACAGUCUAUCCGUUACUGGGAUACUUGGUCCGGGUCCAGGUGAUGGGUCAGAUCUUUGGCAGUCAUUACCCAAGUUUCUUCCAUGUCCUGGUACUGAAUAUCUUAAUUGUGGCAGCUGGUGUCCUGAUGGCCAAGUUUUAUCCCAAUAUUGGAUCCAUUAUACGCUUUUCUGGAGCAACAUGUGGCUUGGCUCUGGUGUUUGUCUUUCCUGCGUUAGUCCACAUGAUCUCCCUGAAGCGGCAGGGGGCGCUCCGCUGGCCGUCAGCCCUCUUCCACAGUUUCCUAAUCUUGCUGGGCAUUGCCAAUCUGCUGGCCCAAUUCUUCAUGUAGUGAAGCAGUCACACACAAACACCCUGAACCUUUCAAAGCCAAAAUUAAAAGAUGUGAUGGAGAUUUCAGAUCGUAAUCUCUGAAAUUAGAUGUAGAAUAAUGGAGUGCAUUAUGUGUAUUAUCCAACUAAUGUCAUGUCUACCAAAAUAAUAAACCACUGCAGCCUCUAGCCACUCAGAUUCAUCGUCUGUGACUGUGUUAUAAGAUUAAAUAUCACACACUUCCUGUAAUAAAAAUGAAAGUUUUGCUUUGGAAAGGUUUAUGCUUCAGGGAAAUAACAGAAAUCUAUUAUCUUGGUUUGAUCUUUUUAUUUCUCCCUGCCAUCCAGUCAGUGGUUAUUUUUAUGAUAAAGUUUUUCUUGAAGAUGAUUUCCUACAUGAUUACUCCUGCACAGACUGAUUGCAGACCUGCCAAACAGAGACAUGCUGUGUUCUGUGUUGCAACUCUGUCAUUCAUGGUAACAUCAGCUGCAAACUGAUAGGAACAUUUGGAAUGAGGUCAGCAUAGUGACUGAGAGUAUUCUUAAACUAUUGUAUUAAAGGUCUGCUUUUAUGUAGAUUCAAGCAGCAUCUUAGUCAAACAUGAAAUCUACAGUUUUGAGUGAACUUUAAAUGUGUUACAUGUGAAGCUUACAGCUGGAUCAUAUAGAACCGUGUGUUGCUGACAGCAGGGAAUCGUUUGACUAACUUUGUGAUUAUGUUAACGCUAUGUUACGCUAAGGCAGCCAUGUUCUGUGCAUAUUUUUGACAAAACUUUUGGCAGUCUUUUCAUAUUUAUGAGCAGUGUUGAUUUACAUGUUUGACAACAUGUUUACAUGAUGCCUAUUUUCUAGAGACUGUGCCCAAUCUCCUGUAUUUUACUAAUGAAAGGAAAGACAAAGGGAAUAUAUGUGUGGAAAUAAACCAUAUCAGAUUAUGAAAACUGUA